AUGGCAUCCUCUAUUCCCAGCACCUACAAGCAGGCCGUCUUCAAGGAACAAGGCGCCAGUCUGAUCCUGGAAGAGGUCGAGUUGACCUUGCCAAAACGCGAUGAGAUUCUGGUGAAAGUCGAAGCCUGCGGCGUGUGUCAUUCGGACCACUUUGCGCAGACGAAUCUUAUGGGAGGAGGAUUUCCCCUCGUUCCCGGCCAUGAGAUCAUCGGACGCGUCGCCGCCGUUGGAGAGGGCGAGACCCUUUGGAAGGAAGGAGAUCGGAUUGGGGGUGCAUGGCAUGGCGGACACGAUGGUACCUGCGUGGCAUGCAAAAAGGGCUACUUCCAGAUGUGCGAUAAUGGAGUAGUCAACGGCAUCUCCCGAAAUGGCGGCUAUGCCGAAUAUUGCAUCAUCCGUCGCGAAGCCGCCGUGCACAUUCCCGACCAUGUCAACGCCGCCCAGUACGCGCCCAUGCUAUGCGCCGGCGUCAGCGUAUUCAACUCGAUGCGUCACAUGAACAUCCCACCGGGUGAAGUGGUUGCUAUUCAGGGUCUGGGCGGCCUCGGCCAUCUGGCGCUCCAGUAUGCGAACAAGUUUGGCUACCGCGUCGUGGCACUCUCACGGGACUCCCAAAAGGAGGAAUUUGCCCGGAAGUUGGGAGCACAUGAGUACAUUGACACGAGUAAAGAGGAUCCCGUAGCUGCAUUGCAGAAGCUGGGCGGUGCUUCUCUGAUCGUGUCUACGGCGCCUGUGCCGGAGAUCAUUAACCCGCUGAUUCAGGGCCUCGGUGUGAUGGGGAAGUUGUUGAUUCUGUCCAUUGUUGGUGGUAUUGAGGUGCAUACUGGCCUGUUGGUCGGAAAGGGUAAAUCAAUCUGGAGCUGGCCCAGCGGUCAUGCCACUGAUUCCGAGGACGCCAUCGCAUUUGCGGACUUGCAUGGCAUCGAUUGUCUGAUAGAGGAGUUCCCCUUGGAACAAUGCAACGAAGCAUUCGCGGCUAUGAUGGAGGGAAGUGUACGAUUCCGUGCUGUCAUCACCAUGCAAUAA